AUGAAAAAAAAAGCAAAAGAUUCUGAAGCAGUAAAAAGGGCUUCUCAUGCUUAAGAGACUCUUGAGAGCAAAAGCUUACAAAUAUUUUAAGAAAUGGGAAGAGAAAUCAAUCUUUAAAAUAUGUAAAAGCUUAAAUUAUUGAAUGCAAAUUAAUAAAUGAAGAUUUAUUUUAAAGGUUUCAAAUUUGAUAGGGCUGCUGACUGUGAUAAAGUAGAGAAAGAAUAAAAUCUUCUCUUUACUUCACCUAAAUAAGAUUAAGUUACUUAUCAUUAUUAUAAGGGUAGGAUCCUUAUCUUUCAUUCUAAAUUUUUUUAUAAGAAUGUCCAAGAACAUAAAAAGGCAUAUCAUGUGCUCGACAAGUCUUAAAAUAUUUAAUUCCUAUUAAUAUGUUUUUGGGAAGAUAUCCAAAAAAAGAAAUUGAUUGAAUAAUUUAAAGAAUAUGAUUUAUUAUGCACAAGUGUAAGAUAAGGAAAUAUUGCAGGCUUAUAAGAGGCUAUAGAUAAAUACAGAUAAAUUUGGAUUAAGAGAAGUCUAUUAAUUUUGAUGGAUCAAUUGAAAGUGCUCUGCUAUAGGAAUUUAUGCAGAAAAGUUUGGUUGAUCAAUUAAAAGAGCAAUAAAAUAUUAUUGAAUCAAUUUUAAAAGGCAUUUCGAAUAUCACAUCCUCAGAAUAACAACCCUACUAUUUCUGAAGUAUGUUGCAUAAUAGCCAAUCUAAUAUAUUUACAACUAAUUUAAGGUCAAAUAUAUUUGAAUAACGUAAAAGAUGUUUAUGCUAUUACUCUCAGUCCAGACCCUUUCAAAAAUAGACCAAAUGAAAUUAAUUGGUAAAAUUGA